AUGCCUAGUUCAACGGACCUGUGUCCUAAUUGUCCCGAGACUCCGCCAUCGGAUCUCGAGGAUAUCAACUGGAUCCAGUGUGACAUUUGCCGUCUGUGGUUCCACACAAUUUGCAUAGGCACCUCGGAAGAGGAUAUAGCCGAGAUCGCUUCCUACCACUGUGCCAAAUGUGCCAAAAAGCAUGGGCCAUCACAACUACGAAGAGUUUCAAAACGUGCCAGAGUGAAGAUCGACUAUGUGGCUCUAGAUCAAGGCGAAACGUUCGCUGUGGACAAGAGCAUCCAUCCACACGUCCCCAGCUUCAUGGACUUUACGCCUGAGGCUAGUCGAGAUAAAAAACAAUUUCAUGUUGAUAUUUUGGACAGUGACGAGCUCACAAAAGAGUACGUGUUGAGCACAGGCUUGCCUAAACCGGUCUUGGUGCCUCUGGUAGGUGAAGAGGCAGGUAUGACGCUUCCGUGUAAACGAGAUGACGUGACUGUCGAGUGGAUCGCCGAGAAAGUAGGCGAAGAUGAGCCUGUUGAGGUCAUGGAUGUGCUUUCCCAGCAAAGUGAGUCGCCUGGGUGGAAUUUGGGCCAGUGGAAACGAUAUUUCUACAUGCGUGAAAAAGACAGAAUUCGUAACGUGAUUUCGCUCGAGGUGUCCGAUGUGGAGGGUCUAGGCGAUGCAUUUGUGCGGCCGAAGAUGGUUCGAGACUUGGAUCUCGUGGAUAAGGUAUGGCUGCAAAACGGCACAGAUGAAGAAAGACCCAAGGUCACCACCUAUUGUCUCAUGUCGAUCGCUGGGUCAUAUACGGAUUUCCACAUUGACUUCAGUGGCACGCCCGUCUACUAUACGGUCUGCCACGGAAGCAAGACAUUCUUGAUGUACCCACCCACGGAUGAAAAUCUCGAACUAUACACCAGCUGGUGCAAAGAGCCCCAGCAAAACUUCACCUGGUUCGGAACCUAUUCUAAAAGGCUACGAGGAAAAAAACUCACCCCCACUGGCGGGUUUAAAGUAAACCUUCGGGAGGGCGACCUAUUUAUCAUCCCCAGUGGCUGGAUUCAUUCGGUGCAUACUCCGCAGGAUUCCGUCAUUAUUGGCGGUAACUAUCUCACCUUGCGAGACAUCCCUAUGCACCUCAAGAUCUAUUCGAUCGAAAAAGCCACCGGUGUGCCUCUGCGCUACAGAAGGUCUGGAAUCAUGGCUCGCUCCUCGGAAUCGGUAAAGGAAUAUCUGCCGCAGGGGCUAGUUGCUGACGAAAAAGAAGAUUCAGACUCCUCCGUGUAUAAUGUCUAUCACGAUACCCCACCGUCUACUCCACUCGAAACAGCUGAGCCGAAACCCAAUUUUUGGCGACAGCUAUGGCAGUUUUUCUAUCCCGACUGGCUCCUUGGUCAUUUGACAAUACGUGACGUCAAGAUGGUGCUACAGACUUGGGUUCAGGUAUGGACCACCGUCUUCCUUUGCAUUGUUCCCAAAACUGAAAAGUGGUUUGGCCCAGCCUGCUACUUGUUCCAGAUUGUGGGCUUUAUCAUGGCCAAUGGUGGCUUUUCCAGCGUUAUCAACGUCACAGUGGCCCUUGCGUGUUGUGUGUAUGCAUGUUGCUCCUGGCUUGUCGUUACUAUCUGUAGCGCCAUUACAACGCAUUUGAGGGGAUGGCCAACACAGGAGGAUCUAAUUCAGGAGCUUAUAUCAAAUGGCGUUUGCUCGAUCGAGAAUGCCGCAUCUUGUUAUCAGGAUGAGAUUGUUAAAGGACGGUAUUUGGAGACCCGUUGCACAGUGAUUUGGGUUUUUGGGUGCCUCUUUGCAUUUGCAUUUUACGGCUGGACUCAAAAAUAUCACCCAUUGAUGCGUUUGCCUUUCGUUGCUGGCACUCUCUGUGUGGUCAUCCACACCGUCACGUUUGUUACUUACCCUACAUUUAUAGGCGGUGAGACAAACGUUCUUAUCAGGCCUUUGCUUCUUGCAUUUGCAUUCAAAAUUGUUUGUGGAUUAGUGGUUUUCCCGUUUACAUCGAGCUUCGCCUAUCUCGGUGCUGUUGCGAGUAUACACGGGUCUCUUGCACAAACCUGUGAGAAAAACAGCAGAUUCUUUAAGUCCUUGAAGCCUUCCUUGGAUAGCUUUGAAAAUCACCAUCAAUUAGGAUCUGAUAUUCAAGCAAUCAGAGUGAGGCUUGCGCCUGUUGAAAUGUUUCUCAUAAGUGCACGGUGGGAAAUCUCGUUUGGUAGGUUUGAUUCUGGUGAUCUUGCGGAAAUCAGAUCCAGAAUUAAGCCCUUGAUCACUGUUUUAGCAGGCUACAAGUAUUUCUACGAGCUAAUUCAGGAGAGGAAAGACAUCGCUCGUAACGUGUGGACGCAAGAAAAAAGAAGAGGAAGUUUAUCAAGUCAGACAUAUUCGAGCAGCCACAACAAGCUUGUUGCCACCUUCAGACAAGCCUAUGCGAAGGUUGGUGUUUUUGAGAAUGAGGUGAGAAAGAACAAACGAAAGAAUUUUUUAAACAUGAAGACUGAGGAAUGCACCAUAAACCUUCACGACCUAGACGUUAUCUGUGACCAUAUGAAAGAUCAUUACUCUGAAUUUCAUAAUGAGCUUCCGAAAACCUUUAGAGCCAUAUCGUCUUGGCUAGCGACUGCGAAUGAAUUUAGAACUUACAGCAUUUUCAAGUGGAGCAAACAUAAACAAGCCCAGAAAGAACAGCAUGAAAAUUUGUUGCAAGCUAGGGACUCAUUGAAGCAAGAGGUCGAGAAGCUUUACCAUGCGAACGACUACAUUCAAGGACUCGCAAAUGAGCUUAAAGGCGAGGAGCAAAGGUUGUGCUUAGUGAGCCAGAGUGCAAUAUUGCUUUUCUUUUGCAAGGAAAUUGGGGAUCAGAUGCUUAGGUUAUGCGAAGUUCUUCUCGAUAUCGAUGAAUUUGCGCCAACACCAAGGUUGAUUACUAUUUUUUCAAAAGUACGUCACGACAAAAAGGUUACCGUCAAUCACAAUAUAUUCGACGAUCCAGUGAAUGCUAUGAGCACAAAGAAAUUGAUGCAAAGAAGGGACCCGGAUCUCCUUGACCCAGAGAAUCUUUUUCAAGUCGUUGUGGUGGGCUUGAUACGGCUGUACCGAAAACUUUAUUACAGUAGCCGUUUGUGGUUUUGGCUUUGGGCAAGUUUGCUUCUACAAUUUUGCUGCUUUCCAUACUACUUUAAACCCUCCACAGAAUUUUACACCACAAACAGGUUGAUUUGGCUUCCCGUUACGUGCGGUGUCUCGAUUGCCGAGUACACCGCAGAGACCGUCUAUUCGUAUUUCCUGAAGUUGAUCUACUCAUUCGUGGGAUGUCUUACGGGAAUGAUUGGUUGGUAUAUUUCAACAGGAAGUGGAAAUGGUAAUCCAUACGGGUAUGGGGUAGUUUCCGCCGUGAUUUUCUUCUUAGUGUCAUAUUAUCGUCAAUGGGCUGUUCACAAAUCCAAGAUUCCGGGCAUCAUGAUCACAGUUACUCCUGUUUUGGUGUUGGGUACCAGUUGGGCGGACUCAAGAAAUGACUUUGCUUCUAACAUUGGGGUCGGAUGGAGGCCGGCAGUGACUCGUUACAUCAGUGUAGUCAUUGGUCUCUCGGUGGCCAUGCUUGCAAGCGCAAUUCCAAAACCAAGAAGCUCUAAGGUGGCAGUCAGAAGAAUCAUGUCCAGCUUGUUGGAAGAAUCGAGUGAUAUGUUCUGCAAAAUAUCAGACUUUGCUUUGAAACGUCUCGAUAACCCAAAUGUCCAUGUCAAGAUUCGUCACGAUGAAGUUAGCGACAAGAUGAGGAACUUGUUAUUUUCUCUUGCUAAUGCCAAGGCAAUGAUGGGUUUCAUCAAGUAUGAGACUCCUAUCACGGGAGCUUGGCCGGCGGAAACAUUCAUGACAUUGCAGCUGUUGGUCAAUGACGUCAUCCAGCUUUAUUAUUUGAUCUACCAGCUGAUCAAUCAGAUCGAAGAAACCGACGAGUGGAUACCGAUAAUACUCGAUAGAGCUGGCUGGACAGAUUCAGGUUUAGUUGCCGAAGUGCUCUCGCUUACCAGCAUGUCUGCAUCGGCACUCCGACGCAAGACUCCAUUGCCAAAGGUGACCAAUGCAAACUUGUCGCUGAGACACUUUGAGGUUGUGAGUUCACAAUGGGGCGAUGGCGAUGUCACUUUCAAUGAGCGAUUCUACGAUGAUCCCGAAAACCUGGAUCCAAUCGACGAGGCCGUCGGGGAGGUAAGAAAUAGGUCGGGACGAAAUGUGAACUACCAAAAAUUGCUAAGUCACGAUGGAAGGCUAAACAUCGUGUGCUUGCUUGUGAUGCAUUUGGUGUACAAGAAGAUCGACGAAAUCGUCAUCACAGUCAAGUCGCUCGUCGGAGAGAUGUACGAUGUGAAUGACGAGCUCUUCACGCUAAUGAGAUACGAGAAAUAG